AUGGAACCAAUUUCUGACAAAAAGAUGAGAAAGGGGACUGCUUGGAAACGCCAUAACUUAUUUGACCGUGGCUUUUUCUAUAAUGAAGAGAUCUCAACCAAUGGCCAGCCAGAUCAUGUGGAAGCCUUCCGAGGGUCAAUCCUUGACUUCACUUGCGAUGACUUUAGCCAGGACGCUUCUGAUCAGGAUCAGAUAUUCGCAAACCAAGCAACGGACCUUACCAACGAAAAGGUCGUAGAGAAGCACUGGACAAGCUUCUUUCAAGAAAACUUCCUUAAGCCGCUUGAAGAAAGCAUCUCAGCCGCUAACAGCUCCUCGGAAUACAAUAUAGUUUCCGACUUCGAUUCUCGAUGGGUUAUAUUCAAUACAAAGAAGAACGGACUUGGCUGGACAAUGUCUGAUCGACUGAAGAAUGAGAGCGCACCGUAG